UUCACAACGGUACACCCUCUGUUGGGCUUUUUACCUCUACUACUCUCAUUCCUUGGUCUAUUUAGUAUGGAUAGUAGACAACAAUGGCUUACCAGACUGAAAAAUGAACUUAGCAACAGUCCUCUGGUCUCAAAUGUGGCUUUUGGAUUUAUCCUCAUGGGACUAGAGAAGCUGGUGGAGCUGGAGUUUGAGUGUCCUUGCAAUCCUAAAUGGAACGGAGUGUUUUCAUCUGCCUUCUUCAUCAUUCCUGCUGUCAUGGCCUUCACGUUGAUGCUGAUCAUUCAAGGAUGCAGGUGCGAUACGUGGUGCCGGAAGACUGUGUCUUUUUCCAGUUUUGUUCCUGCAAUCGUGUGGCUGAUCUUGUUGUUCCUCGAUGGCCAGUACUUUGCUUGUGCAAUGACAGACUGGAAGGGCAGAUUUGUCAUAGUUGAUAAAGCAGCACCGCAGAAAUGGUGUGAGCCAACUAGUGAGGGAGAUGUCACACCGCAAGAACUAAUGCUCCGCUCACAGCAGCUAUUUGUUGUGUCUCAGGUUCUAGGUAUAUUUCUUCUCAUAAUCAUCUGUGUGGGACUCAUAGUGUAUGUGAUCAGAGAGAGCUGCCAGCAGGAGUCUGAGGUGCAGGAUGCAGACGUAGCGGAGCUCACCGUGCUCAGGAUGAGCUCUCUGAGAACCAGGACGACGUGAGAGGACAGGCCCCCCCCCCGUUUGAAAGUACUCUUUCUGUUUGUAAAUAAGGAUUUGGGGAGGGGGAUUUCUUUUACCAUUUUUUGGAUUUACCUUUUGCAUUUUCAAUGACACUAUCAUUCAGAGAGUGAUUGCAUUUCAUGAAACUAAUGAAAGAAAAGCCCAUACAUGGUUGCAUGCUGCACCCAUGGAAUGUACAUGAGAGCAAUAUACGUCUAUACCAUGAACAUACGUCUAUACCAUGUGCAGGCUUUUCUUUCAUUAUCAUCAACCGCAUUUGGCCCAGCAACAGUGGGAAAAUUUGGGACGUGCAUACCUGGACCUGCCUUCAAUUAAAUAUAUGUUUAUACAGUCAUGUAGACAAUUUUAUACUAACUGGUUGAGCCAGUUUUAAUUUGUUGCUUCAUGAUGUCAGUACCUCAUGUAUAUUUCCUACAUAAGACAUAUAUUUUGACUCAUUUCAGACACAGUUCUAGGUCAUAUAGUAUCAGUCAAAAGUUUGGACACACCUACUCAUU